AUGGGCUCCACGGCCAAAUCUCCGUUCAAGAAGUCUAUACCGUACGAGUUUCAAGACCCGUCCCUAAUUGACACGAGAUCUUUGAUCGGCGGAGAAUGGGUGGGCGCUUCUUCUGGCAAGACGUUCAAACUCACAGAUCCCGAAGACGACGCCGAAAUCUGUGACAUUGCCGACUUGAAUGGCGACGAUACUCGCAAAGCCAUCGAGGAAGCUAGCAAGGCGUUCGAAACGUACAGGCUGACUCCCCACCGAGAGCGACGAUGGCUUAUGCGUCGCUGGGCCGAUCUGAUCAAGGCCAACAAGGCUGAUCUUGCUGCUCUCUGCACUCUUGAACUGGGCAAGCCCUAUACCGAGUCCCUCGGCACCGUGCAGUAUGCGGUCGAUUUCGUGGACUGGUUCGAAGGCGCCGUUGAGCGGACCUUUGGCGAGACAAUCCCGGCUUUCCGUGGGAACAAUCGCAUUCUCACUAUCAGAGAGCCUCAGGGUGUGGUGGCCUGCAUCACGCCGUGGAACUCGCCUGUCGCCAUGGUUACGCGGAAAGUCGGCGCGGCUAUUGCAGCAGGUAAUACGGUCGUCUGCAAGCCCGCCCCUGAGACGCCGCUUUGUGCGAUAGCCCUGGCGAAGUUGUUUGAACGGGCUGGUGGGCCGCCUGGUGUGUUCAAUAUCGUUACUACUGGUCUCGAGAAUACGCCGGCGGUCGGCCAGGAAUUGUGCAGCCAUCCGGCCAUCAAGCAUUUGAGUUUCACGGGCUCGACGGCUGUAGGAAAACUGCUCAACACGGAGUGCGCGAAGACGAUCAAGAAGACGAGCCUCGAGUUAGGAGGCAAUGCGCCAUUUAUUGUGUUUGCCGAUGCCAAUAUUGAUAAAGCCGUCGCGGGCCUCAUAACCUCCAAGUUUCGAUCCUCGGGUCAGACAUGCGUCUGUGCGAACAGGAUCUUUGUCCAAUCAUCCAUCUUGGACAAGUUCGCAGAUGCUCUCUCCGAGGGGCUGAAAAAGACCUUCACAUACGGUUCCGUCUGGGACAAGACAGUGAACUUUGGACCUUUGUACGCUGGCAAGGGUAUCAUCAAAGUGGAAGCUCACCUCGAAAAUGGGCUUAAAAACGGAGCAAAGGUCCAUUACGGUGGAAAAGACAACACCUUGGGGCCCAACUUCUUCCCUGCCACAGUUCUCAAGGGCGGCAAGUCCGGCAUGAAGUUCAUGGAGGAAGAGACGUUUGGUCCCUUAGCGUUCCUCGUCCCGUUCGAUACCGAGGAAGAAGUGAUCAAGAUGGCUAACAGUUCCGAUGUCGGUCUGGCGGCAUACUUCUACACCGAGGACAUUACACGGCUGUGGAGGGUUAGUGAAGCCCUCAAGGUCGGCAUGGUUGGUGUUAGAGUUGGUCUGGUGAGUGCAGCUGAAGCGCCGUUUGGUGGUGUUCUGGAAAGUGGUCUCGGCAGGGAAGGAGGUAUUGCUGCUUUGGAAGAGUACCUGGAUAUCAAGAGCAUCACGAUUGGCCUUUGAUGGCAUCCUGCUUCGUGCUGAGGGGCUGUCUCGUCCAAAAACUAGUCAUCGCAUGUUUUUGAACAGUGUGCUCUUACUGUGGAGCUGGUAUGAUAG